AUGACGUUGUCCGGGAUAGCCCCGUCAUCAUUGCUAGGCUGGCGAGUAAAACCGAGGGUUCCGAAUGACGAAUUCCGGGUUCGUCGGCGUGCGGACCCCGAAUUUGGUCAGAUCCCUAUAGGCGUUGCCAGAAAAGCUCUCCCAAAAGGUCCCAUCUGCCGCACGGAAGGUAUACAUAUUACUUCUGUCGUCGUAAGAAAUCCUUUGCAUCCCAUUGGGGAGGCGGUCAGCGUCCAUGUCGAAGUAGAGCCUGUUGAAAAGGCCAAAUACUUCCAACUGGACAACUCGACGAAGCUGGUGACCAAAGUUAUGUUCUCCCACCACAAUUGUUGGUAG